GAGGGAGGUGGGUUACUGAUGACACAAACAGUCCCAUUGCUUUGGAAUCUCCUCCCAUUCUGGGCUACAGUCUUGUCAGUUUAGAAACAGGGUUUGGGCUCUUCCGUAUUCAUGAAGGGAGGGACAACAUAGCCAACUGAAACCGACUUUCUAAAGGAAUGGCUGGAAGGAAACAGUUUCUGAAUGCGACAAAGAAAGUCCCAAUGAUGAUCUCCAAAGACAAAGAGUACUGACAUCUCAGUAGGGUGGGGAGACCGUCAGCACAACACAGAGAGGAAACAGGAUUCUGUGUGUGAGUUUGUACCUUAGGAGGAUGAGCAUGCACCUCGAUUGAUGAAGAAGAGUUUAUGGGGGUAAAUACGAGUGAUUUCAGGAUCAAUGGAGCUGUGAAAGUCUUCUUCGGAUGACAUGAGACUAUAAACCAAACGCUGUCCACCUCAAGAAGCUGCUGGCCAAGGGGCAGCACCUCCUACCUCCAACCACUUGGCCAGGUGGUGCCAAGUUAACCCACGACUCAGCCGCCAACAUGCUCCAGCAGAUUUUAAAGGACAUGUUCAUCGACCCCGAUGUGCUGGACGCUCUUAAUGAGGACCAGAAAAAGACUCUGUUCCUGAAAAUGCGCCAGGAGCAGGUACGACGCUGGGAAGAACUGGAGAAGAAACUAGAGAGUGAAGGAGGGGACGCUGAGUGCAAACGAACAAAGCCAAAAAAAGCCAACAGUAAGAAUGUGAGCUGGCUGCUCGGUCGGGAUGGAGAUGUGGCGGUCAUCAUGAUCGGGGAGUUGGAUGAGCUGAGCUCCAAAUUCAUCUGCUCAGGAUUUGGAGAAAAGAAGGCGCAGAGUCUUCAGAACAAUGCAUACCAUCAAACCAUCUUGAAGAGCAGAACAACCACAGAACCUGUCAGAACUGAAAGAGAGAACCUUCCUCGUAAUACACAACCUGGAAUUUCACUGAAUUUAAAGGGGAAGUGUGAGGAGACCAGCACCGUACCCCCUCUGCCGGUGUCAGUGAGUGAGCAUUCAUCACCUACAGCAGCAGAGAAGCCCGAGUUGAAGUCAGCCAGUGUGACUGAAGAGAAGUCAGUUCGCGAGCCCUCCAUCUGUGCCAGGCUUCUCAUGAGAGCUAGCCAUGUCAAUGUGAGACCAGCUUCUCCAAAUGCAGCACCAGGCUCUGUCAACACGAGACUCUGCCUCGCAAAUCUGAGGCUGGCCACCGCCGCACCAUCCCCUUCCACCAGCAGCACUGUGAAAAUGGACUCUGGAACAACCAAAGGUGGCCUGUCCUCACAGGAAGCUCAGAAGCCCAAGGAAUCGCAGAGCGGGAAAGAUAUUGGUGCAUCAGAAGCGUCUCGGAGGGCUGCCUCGGUGGAGGCCGGGGCAUCAGGGAGCGGACCAACCUGCGCAGGGCGUGGCCGGGUGGCCCAGCUGAUGAAAACCUUCAGCACCGAAGGCGCUACAACCCCCGCACAGACCCCCUCUCGCGGCGUCAAGCCACCUCUACCCAACAAGCCUGGCCACUUGCGUCUAACGACCACACCUACUGUCAGGUAAUCCUCACACACUGAUGCACAGACGCCCACCCAGCUUCACGCAUCCCAGUGAAUCAAAUAAAGCCACGCUGAACAAUGUCGGACACCUAAGGUGGAGCCUCGGCCAGUGGGUCAAUGGGAUGAACAACACAAAAGCGAGAAUGAAGAAAAUGGUAAUGUUCACGAUGUUGCCAUCACUCCCAAAGCACAGCAAUGGAAAUGCUUGAAUGUAAUGGUUUUGUUGUAUUUUUGGAAGCUUCAGUACUGUAAACACUCUUCGUGGGAAAGAAAUUCCAAAGCAAUUGAUCACAACGUGUAUGUAUUUUUUUUUUUUUCCAGGGAAUUGAUGUCUAUCACAUGUUUUCACUUGAUGUUGAUGCUUUCCACUUUGUGUAACAUGCGGGAAGAACACACGUUUUUUUUUAAUGUCCAAUUCACAAACCCUAUACACACGAUAUUAUUUACUUACCAAUGACAUUAUUUUCAGACAGUUUGCAUGAGCUCAUAUGCAGACACACGUGUGUGGUUCAGGACAAAAGACUGGGCAUGGGCAGGCAUAAUGGGGUAGAAAUAAGGCACAGUAGGGUCCUCCUUCAUCUUGCUGUCUCCUCCUUGGGAAUACUUUAGGGUUGUUUAUUUGUCACAAUGCAAUGUAUGUCUCCCUCUGCCACCUGGCAGGAGCCUCACUGCGACCUGUUGUGGACCAGUGACAGUGCCAAAUGCAUCGUCUGCCACUCCCAGUGGAUCAAGUCAGACAGUCGCUGCCAAAUAAUCCAGCUCCAUGUUACUUUCUGCAAUAUUUCCAGAACUAUUUUAGAGAUGCUGGGUUGUACUUUUUACAUUUGUUUUUUUACAUUUUAAAUAGGGAGAAAGAUGUUUUGUAAUGGGAUAUUUAACAUUACUGCAACUCAGUUGUAAAGUGAGAGACAUUUUGUAUCUUUGUUGUCAAGCUUGUAUGGUGCAAUCAAAGAAAUAAUAAAAUUGUCUAACUUGCACCUUG